GUUUCCUUAUUCGUUAGGUUUAGAUGUGGAUCUGCUUUUUGAUGAUGUGGCUUCUUUCUUACACAUGUGGACACCAUGUGUGCAAUGGGGUCCACUGCACGAGAUUUUUCCCACUUGUCCCCGCAUCCCCACAAAAAAAAAAAAAUUUAGAACAGGAGCUCUGGGUUUCAAAACUCGGAACUAGGUUCCCGAACCCAGAGCUGGGUUCCUCGGGAGGAACCCAGAUCGGGUUCGAGCUGGGUUCCUCAGGAGGAACCAUUGAGAAACCCAACUCUGGGUUCCUCGUCGUGAGGAACCCAGAUUGGGGUCCUCACAACCCAACUCUGGGUUCGGCGAGGAACCCAGAGGGUUCGAGCUGGGUUCCUCCGAAGGAACCUGACUCUGGGUUCCUCGUCGUGAGGAACCCAGAUCGAGUUCGAGCUGAGUUCCUCCGGAGGAACCCGAUAUGGGUUCCUCAGGAAGAACCCAUGAGAAACCCGACUCUGGGUUCCUCGUCGUGAGGAACCCAGAUCGGGUUCCUCAUAACCCAACUCUGGGUUCGGCGAGGAACCCAAAUCGGGUUCCUCACAAGGAACCCAGAGGUUUCGAGCUGAGUUCCUCCGGAGGAACCCAUGAGGAACCCGACUCUGGGUUCCUUGUGAGGAACCCAGCUCUGGGUUCCGAAACCUAGAGCUCUUGUUCUAAAUUUUUUUAUUUUUUUAUUUAAAUAAACCACAUCAUCAAAA